AUGACAUUAAGUUAAGGGGACUUGCUUCAACAAAGAUUUUAACUAGAAUAACAAAUAGGAAAAGGCGUAUCUGGCACGGUUUGGCUCUGCUACGACAAACUCCUUACUAAAUAGUGUGCCGCCUUCAACUUGUACGAACAUUAAAAAUAACUCAUGUUUAAUUUAGGUUAAUAGUAUAUUUUAAUUGCACGAAGGAUCCCUAAUCAUCUUUGCUAACUCUAAUUGAUUACAGCUCUUCUCGAUAAUAUAGAGACCACACUGGAAGGUUCUUUGCCAUGGCUUUAAUUAUAACUAAAUAAAAACAAAAGAAUUGCAUUUACCCAAGUAAAACAAGAAAAAAUUAUAUUCCAUUAGAAUCUACAAUAAUAUGAUUAAAGCUAGAAACCAAACUAUAACUUUGUUCAGACUGAAAUAAUAAAGUUGAUUGAAGAUGAUUGUAGUGAGUUAGAUUGGAAAAUGGAUUGGUCUAUAACCAACAAGUUUUGGAAUUAAAAGGCUGUAACUCUGCAACCUGUUUUUGAUUAAAUUCUUAAGUUACAGGUAGUCUUAACAAAGUAAUCAGUCAAUACUACAAACUUAAUGAUUACAAGUAACUUCAGUAAAGAUUUGUCAACAAUGUCUAAACUUUUGGACUCAAAAUUCUUCGAUUAAUUAUAAAUAAGUAAAUAAAAUGCAUAACCUGAGGAAAUGGUUUUCGAUUAGAAAAAUUCAGGAAAAUCAAGCCUUAAGCUGGUGACAAUUGUCAAAAAUCAGAACAUGAACAAGUAAAAGGGCAUAUUAAAGAACUGUAAAUUUCAUUUGAGGAUUCUAAAGUUCAAACUCCUUGCUAAAAAAAUAAAUUGA